AUGUCGUCUGAAGGUGUUCAACCAGCUGCUGCUACUCAACUUAAUGGAAAUGGUGCAAAUGGACCUGUGCUUGCACCUGCAAUCGACAACAACAAUAACAAUGGGGAGGCUGUCCCAGCAGUAGUUGCCCCUACAAACCAGCAGAAUGGUAAUGUUGAGGAGGUAAUUGAUCUUGGUAAGCUUAAAAGUCCUGUUUGGGCUCACUAUACCAAGAUUCGAUUGAAUGGUGUUGUGAAGGCUAAAUGCAACUACUGUAAGAAGUUGUUAGUUGGGGAAUCAAACAAUGGUACUACUCAUCUAAAGAACCAUACGAGAAUCUGUGUUCAAAAGAAAAUUAGGGAUGGUAGUCAAAAGAUUCUCGGCCCUCACUAUUUGGCUCAAGGAAAACAAGACUUGGUUGCCACUGCUUUCAACGCUGAUUUUUCGAAAAGGGAACUUGCAAUUGCUAUUACGAUGCAUGAGUAUCCCUUAUCAAUUGUUGAGCAUCUGUAUUUCAAGAGAUUUGUGUGCUCUCUGCAGCCAUUGUUUACUGUACCAAGUAGGGGCACUAUAAAAAAAGAGGUGUUUAAGAUGUAUGAUAUUGAGAGGGCUAAGCUUCAGAGUGUGCUUGAUAACAAUAUAGGUCGAGUAGCAAUCACUACCGACAUGUGGACUGCCACUUCCCAAAAGAAGGGAUAUAUGGCUGUUACUGCUCACUAUAUCGACAACUCUUGGAUGCUUAGGAGUCACAUACUUAGGUAUGAUAUACGUACCUGUUUUUUAUUGUAUUUUAAUCAUUGUUGA